CUUAUCUCGGACUUGGGGAGUUCAUGGGUCUGAUUUUUAGCGUUACUAUGUGUGGCAUGGAGUCGUUCUGCCCGAAAUUGUUCCCCAUACCCGACCACUUCCCGAGCCCCGAAUCUGCACUCCAUCCGGCCGAACGUCCCGGCCAGUCCCUCUCCCUUUACCCCAGUCCGGGCCCUCGUCUCGAGGCCACGGCCACCGUCUCCCGGAACCAUCAAGGUGCCCGUGCGGCCCGGUGUCUCCACAAUUUCCCUUCUCUCCGAAACUGUCGGACUUAGGAAUCCUAGAUGACUGGCAGGAAGGCACGCGACGAGGAUCGUUUCUUUCCUUAAAUGCAUCGGGCCCCGAACACUUUCGUUGCGGCCGGUCGCCCUCCGAAGUCUCCCUUCUUUCCU